GCGUAAGGAUCGAAUCCGCUUUCCUCCCCGACCUGGCCGGAAUAAAGCAUACCUCCAAACGGAGACAGCGACCGCGCCAAAGCCCAGUCCCAAAUCCACACCCCGCCAACUCUGAAGCUGCAGCAGCCGCCGAGAAAGGAAACGCAAGGCGGCGAAGGGAAGAUUGAAGAGCUAACGAGGGGAGCCGACGACGGAGACAUGUGCCUCGUGCUGGUGUGCGACGAGCCGGAGCGAGUGGUGGCCACGUACCAGGCGCCCGGGCGGUGCCCCUACUGCGGCGGCGGCGUGGUGGCGGCGGAUGUCGAGAGCGCGCCGCGGCUCUGCUACGUCCCGCUCUGCUUCCGCAUCCGCCUUCGCUUCUACUGCUCCCUCUGCUCCCGCCGCCUCGUCUCCGUCGCCUGACCGAGGCCGGCCAAGCUUUGUGCGAGUGCUCUGCAUGCGUACGGAGUAAGCAAUAAGGCGUGCGUCGAAUUCCGCAUGUACUGAACUGUCUUAAGAAAUCAUGGCAUAAUUAAACUUUUACUAGUA